AUGUCUUUCAUCGACCAACAACCAAUUUCGCUUGAUCUUUCUACCUUUGUCAAUGAAUUUGUCUUAACUGCUAUACCCGUGGAAGCAACCCAGCAAGCCAAGCUACAGGCCCUUUUUGCCGGAGCCCCUCAUCUCAAUCGACUGACCAUUUCUGAGUUUACAUGGAUCUCUGCAGCUUUGUGGGGUAACGGUUGUGACUUUCCGGCAGAUGCUACCUUUUUCGAUGUGGGGAGUAGCAGCGAGUAUGGGGAAGCUUCUUUCCCCAAUUACCCCAUGUUUUACCCAUCGGCAUUACCGCUGCCGAGAUUAAAGCUUGCAGAUCUCGUCUAUUCAACCCCUCAAUCUCCAGUGCGGCCAGGAUCCAGUCUCCAGGCGGAUCUUGGAUUCUGUAUUUUAGGCUAA